ACUAAAAGAGAGGAAGAGUUGAGGUGCGUUUGUCUGUAAUUGUGUAAAAGCAAUGUCACAAGAUGCUCUAGAGAUAAAGACGAUUGAGCAAUGGAAAUGGUCUGAAAUGCAAGGUCUCGAACUCGUGUCAGCUCAAUCAGACUCUCCCUUUAAAUCAUCCAACCCAUCACCCACUACACCUUCACAACCACCACCACCAACAACAACAACAGCAAAAGACACUGAAGAAGUAAACGGAUUUGAAGAGAGAGAAUUGGGUAGAGAGAGAAGAGAAAUGGAGGUCAUUGAGCCCAAGAAAGACUCUGCAUCAGCAGAGAAGCCUGGUUCUUCUCCUCCCUCAUCUGGGUUCGGGGAGCUUUUCAGAUUUGCAGAUGGGUUAGACUAUGUUUUAAUGGCAAUUGGGACUGUUGGUGCCAUUGUUCAUGGCUCUUCCUUGCCUCUCUUUCUCCGAUUCUUCGCCGAUCUUGUCAAUUCUUUUGGGUCUAAUGCCAACAACAUGGACAAGAUGACCCAAGAAGUCAUCAAGUAUGCGCUUUACUUUCUUGUUGUUGGGGCUGCAAUAUGGGCAUCUUCAUGGGCAGAGAUAUCAUGUUGGAUGUGGACUGGAGAGAGACAAUCGACCAAAAUGAGGAUCAAAUACUUGGAAGCAGCUCUGAAUCAAGACAUUCCAUAUUUUGAUACAGAGGUCCGAACGUCCGAUGUCGUUUUCGCCAUUAACACUGAUGCUGUACUGGUCCAAGAUGCCAUUAGCGAGAAGUUGGGUAAUUUCUUGCACUAUAUGGGAACAUUUGUAUCUGGAUUUGUGGUGGGUUUCACUGCUGUUUGGCAAUUAGCUCUAGUCACAAUAGCUGUUGUUCCUCUCAUUGCUGUAAUUGGAGCCAUCCACACCAUCACAUUAGCCAAGCUCUCUUCCAAAAGCCAAGAAGCUCUUUCCCAAGCAGGGAACAUUGUAGAACAGACAAUAGUUCAAAUUCGGACGGUUUUGGCAUUCGUUGGCGAAUCAAGAGCAUUGCAAGCAUACUCAUCGGCAUUGAAAAUCUCUCAGAAGCUCGGUUACAAGAGCGGAUUCGCGAAAGGAAUGGGAUUGGGAGCAACAUACUUCACUGUCUUUUGCUGCUAUGCACUUCUGCUCUGGUAUGGUGGUUAUCUAGUUAGGCACCACUUCACCAAUGGAGGACUUGCCAUAGCCACAAUGUUUGCUGUUAUGUUAGGUGGCCUAGCGUUAGGACAGUCAGCACCGAGCAUGACUGCAUUUGCCAAGGCCAGAGUUGCAGCGGCAAGAAUAUUUCGCAUAAUCGAUCAUAAACCCAGCGUUGAGAGGAAUAGCGAAUCGGGUUUGGAAUUAGACUCCGUGACGGGUCAGGUAGACCUGAAAAAUGUCGAAUUCUCAUACCCUUCAAGGGCAGAAGUUCCAAUCCUUCGCAAUUUCUCUCUAACUGUUCCUGCUGGAAAAACCAUAGCUUUGGUCGGAAGCAGCGGCUCCGGCAAGAGCACUGUGGUCUCUCUCAUCGAGCGAUUCUACGAUCCCACCUCGGGUCAAGUUGUGUUAGAUGGGCAUGACAUAAAGACAUUGAAGCUGAGAUGGUUGAGGCAGCAAAUUGGGCUUGUGAGCCAAGAACCUGCUCUCUUUGCUACUUCCAUUAAAGAGAACAUACUGUUGGGUAGGCCCGACGCAUCUCUAGUUGAGAUCGAAGAAGCUGCCAGAGUCGCCAACGCUCAUUCGUUCAUUAUCAAGCUUCCCGAUGGCUUCGACACUCAGGUAGGGGAGAGAGGGCUUCAACUGUCAGGCGGGCAAAAGCAGAGAAUAGCCAUAGCAAGAGCAAUGCUGAAAAACCCAGCAAUCUUGCUUUUAGAUGAGGCAACAAGUGCAUUAGAUUCAGAGUCAGAAAAGCUAGUGCAAGAGGCUCUUGAUCGUUUCAUGAUUGGGAGAACAACUCUUGUCAUUGCACACCGUCUGUCCACUAUCAGGAAGGCUGACCUUGUGGCUGUACUGCAACAAGGUAGUGUGUCAGAAAUUGGAACCCACGACGAACUCAUGGCCAAAGGAGAACAUGGUGUCUACGCGAAGCUUAUCAGAAUGCAGGAAACAGCUCAUGAAACCGCACUCAAUAAUGCCAGAAAGAGCAGUGCACGGCCUUCUAGUGCCAGGAACUCUGUAAGCUCACCAAUAAUUGCCCGAAACUCCUCCUAUGGCCGAUCACCAUACUCACGCCGCCUAUCUGACUUCUCAACAUCUGACUUUAGCCUGUCCCUUGAUGCCUCACACCCCAAUUACAGGCUUGAAAAGCUCGCGUUCAAGGAGCAAGCUAGUUCCUUCUGGCGACUCGCCAAAAUGAACUCUCCCGAGUGGGCUUAUGCUCUAUUUGGUUCUAUAGGGUCGAUUGUUUGUGGCUCCCUCAGUGCCUUCUUCGCAUACGUUCUGAGCGCUGUCCUGAGCGUUUACUACAAUCCAAACCACGCUUAUAUGAUCAGAGAAAUCGGAAAAUACUGCUAUCUAUUGAUUGGGGUUUCGUCAGCUGCGCUGAUCUUCAACACGUUACAGCAUUUCUUUUGGGAUGUUGUUGGAGAAAACCUUACCAAACGGGUGAGGGAGAAAAUGUUGGCGGCAGUGAUGAAAAAUGAUAUUGCGUGGUUUGAUCAGGAAGAGAAUGAGAGUUCUAGAAUUGCAGCCAGGCUGGCUCUCGAUGCCAACAACGUUAGGUCGGCUAUUGGAGACCGCAUUUCAGUGAUUAUGCAGAAUUCGGCACUCAUGGUUGUUGCGUGCACUGCAGGGUUCGUUUUGCAGUGGCGCCUAGCCCUUGUCCUCAUAGCCGUAUUCCCCGUUGUCGUCGCAGCCACCGUCCUGCAGAAAAUGUUCAUGCAAGGUUUCUCAGGAGACCUAGAAGCUGCACAUGCCAAAGCCACACAACUAGCAGGAGAGGCAGUGGCCAAUGUAAGAACUGUUGCUGCCUUCAAUUCAGAAUCGAAAAUUGUCAGUCUUUUCACCAUCAGCCUCCAAACUCCGCUCAGGCGAUGCUUCUGGAAGGGACAGAUUGCUGGAAGUGGGUACGGAAUAGCCCAAUUUUUACUUUACGCUUCCUAUGCCCUCGGUCUUUGGUAUGCCUCGUGGCUUGUGAAGCAUGGGAUCUCUGAUUUUUCUAAGACAAUCCGAGUUUUCAUGGUUCUCAUGGUCUCCGCCAAUGGUGCAGCAGAGACAUUGACCCUAGCCCCUGACUUCAUUAAGGGUGGCCGAGCCAUGAGGUCAGUGUUUGAGCUCCUUGACCACAAAUCUGAAAUUGAUCCUGAUGAUCCCGAUUCGAUCCCAGUUCCCGAUCGGCUACGUGGGGAAGUGGAAUUCAAGCACGUGGACUUUUCUUACCCUUCCCGCCCUGAUAUGCCAGUUUUCCGAGACCUCAGCCUUCGUGCACGAGCUGGAAAGACACUCGCUCUUGUGGGUCCCAGUGGGUGCGGUAAGAGCUCAGUGAUCGCUCUUAUAGAGCGUUUCUAUGAGCCAUCUUCAGGACGGGUCAUGAUCGAUGGGAAGGACAUUCGAAAGUACAAUCUAAAGUCAUUGCGACAACACAUUGCUUUGGUGCCACAAGAGCCAUGCCUCUUUGCGACAACCAUUUAUGAAAACAUUGCUUAUGGGCGUGAAUCAGCAACCGAAGCUGAGAUAAUCGAAGCAGCAACUCUCGCAAAUGCCCAUAAGUUCAUAUCAUCGUUACCAGAAGGUUAUAAAACAUUUGUUGGGGAGAGAGGGAUUCAAUUGUCCGGUGGACAAAAGCAAAGAAUUGCAGUUGCUCGGGCUUUUCUAAGGAAGGCUGAGCUAAUGCUACUAGAUGAAGCCACAAGCGCGCUCGAUGCUGAGUCAGAAAGGUGCGUGCAAGAGGCCUUGGAGCGUGCUUGCUCGGGGAAGACAACAAUUGUUGUUGCACACCGACUAUCAACAAUAAGGAAUGCCCAUGUCAUUGCUGUGAUAGACGAUGGGAAAGUGGCCGAGCAGGGCUCACACUCACACCUACUGAAAAACUACCCUGAUGGGAUCUACGCUCGGAUGAUACAAUUGCAGAGAUUUACACAUGGGCAGGCCGUAAACAUGACGUCAGGCUCUAGUUCUUCGACUCGCCCAAAAGAAGAUGAUGAGAGAGAAGGCUAGGGAAGUGAAAAGAAAAUACCAGUAGAAAGGAGUACGUCUCUUAUACCCUUAAAUGAUUUUUUUUGUUUUUUUGUUUUUGUUUUUGUUUUUGGAUGUCAUGUUCUUGUCUUUUGUUUUUGGUAUAGCAUAGUAUGUGUAUUUCAUCUAAAAUUACCAUAAUAUAUGUUCCUAUGUUGAUUGAUCACUCUUUUUUUGCCAAUGAGAAAUAUGUUCUUGAGAUUAAAAAUUAGAUAUAUGUAAAUCUAUCAUGCCUAUUAAAUUUCA